GUCUUCCUAUUGGUCUAAAUCCGGGAAGCGUUUCGUCCGUGUCAGUUUCCGCUGUUAUUUGAAACAAUAAACAGAGUUUGUCGUUUCAUAAAAUGAUGACGGUUUGAUAGGAUAGAAAUUAAUUAACACUAAUCAUCGGUGCUUUAAGGCUCUCAGAUCAGGAUGGAGCAGCAGGAGCAGAGAGAGUGGGACGCUGUUAACAGGUUGCUGCAGCAUCAUGGGUUCAAACCUGUCAACUUUGCAGAUCCAACUGAGAACAAGAACCUUGCAGAAUUGGUUCUGUUGGAGCGUAAGUCUGCAUCUGAUGUACGGCUGAUGUUGAAGACUAUGCUGUCAGAUUCUGAAAGGAGACAAGGUCUUAUUCAAGAGCUCAUUCAGUCCAACAGCCAACUAAAAGAGGAAGUGCAGCAGCACCAGACGCGAGCCGCCCGUCAGUCUCAGAGGGCUGCCGAGCUGGAGGGCAUCCUGGAUGGGGUGAAGGUCAAAGUUCAAGACCUAGAGGACUCGUACAUCGGUAAAUCGGCCCAACAGCACAGCCAGUUCCAACAACUGCAGCAGGAAAAGAGAGAUGCUGAGAAGCGCUGUCAGUCUCUGGAGCAGAAGCUGUCUCAGGAGAAGGAGAAGGUGUCUCAGCUGCAGAAGAAGCUCCAGUACGCCGUGCGGGAGGAGGAGAGACGUGUGGCCCGACAGAACCAGGCCUUCCAACAGAUCCACCGCAGAUCAGCCCGACUCAACUCCACCACCGACCAGCAGAUUUUGGACAUCAUUGACAUGUACGAGUCCCAAAUGCAACAACUACGGAAUGAACUGAAAUUAUAUAAAAGCAGCUCAGGAGAGAAGGACUCCUCAAACUCCCAGAAGAACAGAUCCACAGUGGAAAAAGGCACCACUGACACGUCUUCCAACUACAAGGCCCUUCUGAAGUCAUACCAGGAGCAGCUGAAGGAGACCAAAGCACAGCGAAAAGAACUCAGGACUGAAAUCCAGCGGUUAAAAGAAGAUCUGGAGUCCAGACCCACCAUAAAAGAACUGAAGACCUGCAAACAGCAGCUGAGACGCUUGGAUCGAAUCAUUCAGCAGAGUAACCUCAGACCAUCUCAAGCACUCAAAUCGCAGGACUCGGCAGAGAUGCUCAACACGAAUAACACCGGCAUCCAGCACCUGGAUGCUUCUACCUGCAAAAGACUCCUUAUGGAUCUUUGUAAGGAACUCCAUGUGCAAGAUGUCAGUCAUCUCAUUUCUGCAGUGAAAGUUCAAUGUAAACAACCCGAAUCUGCCUUCAAGCUGGAGAAGAUCCUACAUGACAUCACCACAGUCCUGACCAAUCCCAGGGCUCCGUUGGGUUUGCUGAGGCAGCGUGCACAAACCAACCUAGAGCUCAGCAGGGAGGUGGAGUUUGAGCUGAUUGUUCCCACCCUGGAGGUUUGGAGCCGACAGCUAACCUCUCUAGCAGAUCUUCAUCGUGCCCUCAUCCGACUGGAGAAGAGGUUGUUGCCAUGGCAGCCAGAGGGCAGCAUCACCGCUCCUUCAGAUCCCGUGCGGAUGGAAGACUUGAUGCUUAUCGUCGACACGCUACUCGAUGAGACGGCAUCAGAUGACAAGGUUCUGCGGAGCCCCACCAGAUACACCCUGGAGUCCAUGGUCGCCCACUUCCAGAAACUCUUCGACACCCCGUCACUGACAGGAAUCUAUCCUCGCAUGAACGAGGUCUACACUAAGCUGGGCGAGAUGAACAACGCCAUGAGGAAUCUCAGAGACGUUCUAGAUUUGGAUGAUAAAGCGCCUCCUAGCGAGGUCAUGAACAAGGUUGCUGCAAUCGUGUCGCAGUCAGGAAACGCCACAGGUCACGAGCUCUACAGCCUUCUGGAAAGCAGUGACAUUGACAGUAUCAUUGUAAAGCUGAAGGAACAUGAGGAAUUCUUUCCGGUUUUCCACUCGUUCAUAUUGGAACUUCUGCAAACUCUGGGUGAGAACAAACUUCAUUCACAUUCAACAGUCAGUCAAACUGAAAUGAAAAGUUCAUCCAUUAGUAUUCUAGUGCACUAAAAUCAUGAAGCACAGAUGACUUGUUCUCCUAAAA